AUGCGAUCGGAGGAGGAAGAGGAAGUGAUUUGUCAGCCCCCCCCCCAUCCUCCCUCCUCCGUUGUCAUAGAGACAAUGAUGUCGCUGAGGAGGCAGGAUCUGGUGUGCAUCGUGUGUUUCGGCAGCUACGACUUGGCAACGCGGUUGCCAAGGCGACUGCACUGCGGCCACGCCUUCUGCCAGGCGUGUCUGAAGAGGCUGGACACAGUCAUCAACGAACAGGUGUGGAUCCCGUGUCCUCAGUGUCGACAGAAUACACCUCGUCCCAGAGGAGGAGCAGCGGGUCUGGACCUGGACUUGGCCUCCUUCCUGGGAGUGAAGGCCCAGCAGACCUGCACCUCCUCCUGCAGCCCGGCGGCUGGAGAUGCGUCCCAGAACGGGAAGCGCUGGCUAGGGAAGGAGGUCACCGACGAUGGCUGGUCACACGGAGGUCUGGCCGAGCCGCGUUUCCAUCGUUACGGCAACUGCUGCCCGCCACUGUCCUAUUGGCUGUGCUGCUGGGUCUGCUGCCUGAGGCGUGGCUAA